CAAUCACUCUAGGUUAGAAUUUUGUGUUCCUUUGACGGCCGCAUUGACCGCAUGGUUUGUAUUUAUAUCAGUGAUUUAUUCUACAUUCCGCUGUCCUUUUGCACGAUGGCUUUCAAUUCUGCGUUGACAUCUUCAUAUUGAAUAUUUCAAUUAUCGUAUAACAUGGAUGAGUUUCUCAACAUUGAUUGGCACCCUCCGAUAGAAGACAUGAUUGACAAUGUAUUUGUCAAUGAACAACGGAUGAAAGAUGAGAGUGUGAUAUAUAAAAUACUGAACGGCGCUUUCACAAACCCUCUUGCAGAACUUGAGAGCGACGAUGGCGAAGAAGUGGAAGAAAAUAGCAAGAGCGGUAGCUUGGAUCCAAAGAAGCUCAGUGACAACCAGCCAAACACCCCUAUGAAAAAACCUUGGGUACCUGGUGUCGUCAAAGCUCCUUUUCUAUUCCCCAGAACUUCAAAUUUGAGCAAAAACCAACAGGCAAUCUGUCUUCGAGUACUUCUUCUAUUCUCAGGGCAUGAAAAACCAGAAAUGAAUCAGCAAAGUCGAAAUGAACUAGAGUUAUAUACGGAACUCUUGCCUACAAUAAAUGAGGAGCAAGAAGAAUUUCUCCAAUUAGCCAAGUCUCAUUGGACUGGCUCAAACCUAUCCAUUACCGGCAAAGAAUAUAUAAACGCUCGCUGGAAAUGUAAAGUUGCAAACGUUAGGAAGCUUCCAAGAUACUAUGUUGCAGGGGCAAACAUACCUUUCAAAGCUGAUGAAAAAAUUGAAUUGACUCUGAGAGCCAACCUUCUUGAAAUGGGACAACUGCCCAGAGUAUUAAUGCCACCUACACACAAACCAUAUUUGCUACUAUGCCAUAUGAGCAAACUGAAGAGCCGUUAUCCUAUAGGUAAUAAUCUUCCAAUAGAUGCACAAGCAGGAUCCACCAUUUCAAAUGUAUCAAUUAGUCAGGAUCCAAACUGUGAACGAUUCGUUGAGGAGAAUGAAGUUGAUUUAGUAAUUUCAUCUAGCGGACUCAAUUGCCUGGCUUUAAAUUUUGGUCCAGUUUAUACCAGCUCUUGGAUACUACCAGUAAUAGUGAAGGCAACUAAAAGGGGAACCGUUGUUGUAUACAUUGACAAACCACUGCCGCCAACCGCUAUGACAGUACCACAGAAGAAUGCAUGGAUUUAUAAAUAUAUCCUCAGAUCACAUCUACUACAUCCACAUCACCACACUUCGAUCAGCUUAACUGAUGAAAGUCCAAAAAAGGAGAGUGAAGAUGAGCUCUUUGGAAAUCUUCACUCAGAUAGUCUGAUGGAAUUAGAAGAAAUGGACAACGAAUCGCUGAAGCGUACGGUAAGAAUAACAGAAAAAUCAUCGACCUUUUCGGAGGAAUAUUCAAAAAACCACACAAAUGGCAAAACUGAUCAAGUUCUUUUGGAGCCAAAGGGAGAAUUUGAAGACUUUGCGAUAAACAACAGACUGUUAUCUCACGAAAAAUCACCAGAUUUACAAGUAAAUGAUUCUGAAGAAGAACCGAUGGAAUGUGUUUCGUUUAAGGAUGCUAGUUUAGGGGCAAACAUUAACAGAAAAACAAACGAUGAAAAAGAGAAAGACCAUGAGGCCAUAAAAGAAGCAGAAGAUAGCACUGCUCAAUCUUCCGCGGAGACAAAUUUUGCUCCUUCUGUUUUCCCGCCAGCCGGGAGUAACGUCACUUAUAAGAUUUUUUCGCUUGGGUCGGCAAAAGAUACUAGCAAUGAGCCAUUGAAGACCAAAAUUGAGGAGUACAAAGUAUUGGUACGCACACGGAUAGAUGGAAUCGAGAAAGUAGGAGACGAUACGUGGUGUCCAGUAAUGUUAGUACCCAAGUUGGAGCACCAAAUAGCCCUGGGUGCUGAGGCGGUUUCGGCAGAAGAGGCUUUUAAACAAUGGACGACUCUGGCCUACAGGCCAAAUACAUCACUGUUACGAGUCAGAAUAUCCGCAAAAAAUGCAGAGUUCAUUCAAACGGAGAGAAGAUCAGUUAUAUCAAUAUCGAACGAAAUCAAGAGGCUCUAUGGCUUGAACCCUGCCGACUCACUAGGUGUGCUAUACAACGUGGUCCGUGGUCUGAAAACUUUGAAAUCCGGAAAUUAUCUUCUGAGACACACCCCCAGCACAGGUGCGUUUGCCACCAUCUACCAGGAAGCAGCAGAUAGUUUUAGGAAAAACGUAUUUGACCUUCACUCAGUAUACGAAAAUAAAGGCUUUGAAACAAUACCGAACCCCCCUUGGCCACCCAUUGACAAAGCUGUCAUCACACCUUAUCAUAAAUGCUUUGAACGCGUCCCUGCUACAUUCCAUUCUGCAAGAACCGACACAUCGUCAGUCCUGACGCCUGGAAUUAUACGUGGACGGGGUGGCCGAGGUUGGCGAGGUCAGUCUAAGGGAGCUACUCGUGGUCGUGGUAAAAAGAAAAACCCACCAAAAGCGGAACUCCAAAGCAAAGCCUUGAGUCGUGGAGUAGGACGUACUCAACGAGUUCGCACAAAACCAAAAGCUAAAACCAAAACUCCCGUUACCGAGCAAUCUGGAAGUGAGAUCAAGCAAUCCUGACGGCUAAAUGAGAGAAGGAACGUCUGUUGAUCUGAGAUCUAAGAAAUUUGAUAUUGUAUAUUUGGAAUAUAACAGCAAUACUAUUAAUAUUGCAAUCAUAGAUUCACUUCAAACUAUCAAUAACUGUACAUAGUAGUGACAAUGAAUUAUAAAUCCGCUUUUAUUUAUGGUUUGAGUCAACCAUCCAGCGUUAUAAUACAUAUUGUAGUUUAGAAAACCUACGACUAGUGAAAACAACUUAAUUAAUUAAACACUGCACAACCUUGCAAAAUUAUUAAAUAUUACGUAUUUAAAAAAAUUAAAAUACCGUCCCAUUAAGCAAUAAAUGUAAGAAUAGAAAUGGAAAUGAAAAAUGCAUAUCAAUUUACAGGCUGGACGAUUACAAUGCUAGACCUGUGUUGCAAAGGAAAAAAAAAAACUAUCAUUUUUAUAUUCUGUUUGCAUUAAAAAUAAAUUACCAAUC